AUGAUAGACUUAGCCAGAGUCAUUGCAUCUCAUGGAGUGAAAGCCACCAUCGUUACAACCCCUCACAAUGCCGUUCUUUUCCGGAAACCUAUUCACCGGGACCAACAACUAGGCCGCGACAUUGGCUUUCUCACAAUAGAUUUCCCGGCCAAAGAGUUCGGAUUGCCCGACGGUUGCGAAAACGAGCUCAGUACAACCUCAGGGGACAUGUUCACGAAGCUUUUCAUGGCUGCAAUGAAGCUACAAGAACCGCUCGAAAAGCUCCUACGUAAAACUCAACCCGACUGUCUCGUUUCCGACCGGCUAUAUCCGUGGACUGCCUGCGUCUCCAACGGUCUCGGAAUCCCGAGAAUCGUCUUCGACGGCACCGGUUGCUUCUCCCAUUGUGUUGAAGAGAGUCUGAGAAGGUAUUCACCCCAUGAGAAAGUGGUUUCGGAAACAGAAUACUUUAUCUUACCAGGUUUACCGGACAGGAUAGAGUUAAAGCGAUCAAUGAUGCCGGAUUACGUGAAAACCGAAAAUGUCCUCUCAUUAUUUCUUAAAGAAGCAUUAGAAGGCGAGCUAAAAAGCUAUGGUGUCGUUGUAAACAGCUUCUACGAGCUCGAGAAAAGCUACGCAGAUUUUUUCAACAAAGAAAUGGGAAGGAAAACAUGGCAUAUUGGACCGGUCUCGCUGUGUAACCGAAAAAAUAUCGAUAAGCUCGAAAGAGGUAUACAAACAUCCAUUGAUGAGCAAACUUGUUUGAAUUGGCUCGAUUGCAAAGAACCCGGUUCGGUUCUUUACAUAAGCUUCGGAAGCAUGCCAAGAAUAACUCCAUCUCAGCUACUAGAGAUCGCUUAUGGUCUCGAAGCUUCCAAACAUCCAUUCAUUUGGGUGAUCGGACGGAUUUUAAGAUCGACCGAAAAGGAGCAAGGAGAGAAAGAUGAAGAUUUGCUUCCAAAAGGGUUCGAUAAAAGAAUGAAAGAAUCGAAAAGAGGCCUUAUCAUUUAUGGUUGGGCUCCGCAGCUGCUGAUAUUGGAGCAUAAAGCAGUUGGAGGCUAUAUGAACCAUUGUGGAUGGAACUCCAUAAUAGAAGGUGUCACCGCGGGGCUGCCGAUGAUCACCUGGCCAUUUGCUUCGGAGCAAUUCUACAAUGAAAGGUUCGUAAUCGAUGUGAUAAGGAUUGGAAUUUCCAUUGGAAGUGAAGAAUGGGUUCCUCUGAAGGAAGAGUCUCGAGUGGUGGUGAAGAGAGAUAAGGUAAAAGAUGUGGUUGAUUAUUUGAUGGAUGGUGAAGAAGUUGAAGUGAUUGAGAUGAGGAAGAGGGCUCAAGACUUUGCAGGAAAAGCUAAGAAAGCGGUGGAAAGAGGUGGAUCUUCUGAUGCUAGUAUUGAUGCUUUUAUACAAGAGCUCAGUAAGUUUCGCCGGGAAAGUAAUGGCGUUAUGCAACCAGUGAAAAGAUUGGAUAUUCAUGAUGAUGAUGAUGAUGAUCAUCAGAAAGAACUCUUGAGAUGGGUACGAAUAUGUCAUGAAUUUACUAGUCUGUAA